GACCAUGAAGAGGGUGAGGGGACAUUCCUGAAAGUAUCUGCUGAAAACACAUAUCUGGAUCAGAAUGGCAACGCUUAACAAUACUGUACCAACCAAUGAUAGUAACGUGUAUCGUUGUACUUUAAAAGAAGACUUCAAGUACAUUCUCCUCCCGGUGAGUUACAGUCUGGUGUUUGUGGUCGGCCUUGGGUUGAACAUCACCGCCAUGUACGUCAUCUUGUUUCGAACCAAACACUGGAAGCCCAGCACCAUCUACAUGAUCAACCUCAACGUCUGUGACACUCUUUACAUCCUCACCCUUCCGUUUCUGAUCUACUAUUACGCUGAUGAGAACGACUGGCCGUUUGGCGAGCCGAUGUGUAAACUGAUUCGUUUUCUCUUCUACACGAACCUCUACGGAAGCAUCCUCUUCCUCAGCUGCAUCAGCUUGCACCGAUUUUUCGGCGUCUGUCAUCCGAUGCGCUCUUUGUCCAUGAUGGAUUCCCGUCGUGCUCGUUUUGUCUCUGUGGGAGUAUGGGCGAUCAUACUCAUCUUUCAAGCCCCGAUCCUUUAUUUCUCCAGGACGAGACAUGUUGAUAAAGUUGAGGUCUGUCACGACACCACCAGCAAGGAGCUCUUUGAUGAAUUUCUGGUCUACAGCUCAGUGGUGAUGUUCUUGCUCUUUGUCCUACCAUUUGGGGUGGUGGUGGUCUGCAACGGGCUGAUGGUGAAGAAACUUCAGGAACCCAGUGUUGGUGGAGGACCAAUGUCACAACGCUCCAAGCAGAAGUCAGUGAAGAUGAUUAUUAUUGUGCUUCUGGCUUUCAUGUUGUGCUUCCUGCCCUUCCAUCUAAACCGCAGUAUAUACUACACCUUCCGCUACCUGGACCAAGAGAACUGCGACAUACUUCGGCUCUCCAACAACGCCUACAAAGCCACGCGACCUCUGGUCAGUCUCAACAGCUGCAUCGACCCCAUCCUCUACUUCAUGGCAGGGCAGAGCUUCAGAAAAUCCAUCAACAAGAAACCAAAUAUAACAGCUGAUAAAUACCACUCAACCUUACUGUGAAGAUGAACAUCUUGAAAUCACACUUUAUUAAAAAUAAAGUUUCAAAUCAAGGCUUUCUUAAUGAUGCCACAGAAGAACCAUUUUUGGUUCCUCAAAGAACAUUUCAGUGAAGAGUUCUUUGAAGAAACAGUGUGAAGAACAUGUCUGAACAAAUCUAAAGAAUCUUUUGUCCACUAUAAAGAAUCUUUUGUGCAGUUGGAAAGGUUUCAUGGAUGUUAAAGGUUCUAAAUGGAACCACAGAAGGCAAUAAAGUAAUGUGACUUACUUCACAAUGAGAAGUCAAGCUUUGCUUCACUAUAGCAUGACUGUUUGAUCAGAGACUGUAUCAUAUGUCAAUGGAAUAAUUAUAUCAGUCUUAAAGGAGGCAUUUUUUAUUUUAAGCUGUAUAUUUUUCUGUCUUUAUUGCACUUUAUGUAAACAUACAAAAAAAAAAAAUCACACUAUUUUAACUUAAUAAUAGGAAUAAUGUAAUGUAAUGUAAUAAUAAGAAUAACUUGAUAAUAGGAAAAAUGUUUACGUUAAAGGGUUAGUUCACCCAAAAUUGAAAAUUACCCCAUGAUUUACUCACCCUCAAGCCCUCCUACUGGUGUAUAUGACUUUCUUCUUUCAGACGAAUACAGUCGGAGUUAUAUUAAAUAGUGUCCUGGCUCUUCCAAGCUUUAUAAUGGCAGUAAAUAGAAGAUGAGAAUUUGAAGCCCAAAAAUGUUCAACCAUUCAUCAUAAAAGAUAUCCACAUGGCUCUGGUGGGUUAAUAAAGGCUUUCUGAAAUGAAGCAAUGUGUUUGUGUAAGAAAAAUAUCCAUAUUUAAAACUUUAACCCUCUAUGGUACGCAAUAUGAUAUCAAUGAGGAAAAAAUUAUUUGUGUUGUUUUUCCUGCUUAAAAUUGGACACUUUAACAAUAUCAAUAAGCAUUUUCAUAAUUUUUUAAUUUAUUUAAUUUUUAUAAGUUUGUUGCCUCGAGGCAACAUUGUACCACAGUGGAAAAAUUUAAACAUUUGGCAUUUUCAUGUAGAAAAAAUAAAUAUAUUUAUUGAAAACAUCAAUUUCUUUAACUAGACACUUGAACAAACAAAUUUAUCCAGUUUUUAAUGUAUUAAAAGUUUCAUAUUUAAUAAAAAGUAACAUUUUAUAUCCAUUGUACCAUAGUGGAACACAAAUAUUACCAAACCAUCAUAUUAUUAUGUUAUUAUAUCAAGUUAUCAUAUAUAUCGUCAUCCUCAUCUCCAUCUUCUCUCUCACCCUCACUCUCUCCCUGACGGAUUGUCACUAUGAUUUCAUCUUCCUCAUCGCAGUAUUACCCCUCAUCAUCACCCUCAUCAACUGACAGUGUUACCUGUGUUUUAUACAUUUUUGAAGUGCUAUAGAAAAUGUGCAGAUCAUAAUAUAUGCAGAUAUAGUAUGUGAAUUACUAUUCUUAUAAGUGCAUUACAAAAUCAUGUGAAAAUGCCAACAUAUUUAGAUAAUUCUAACUCUUUUCCUUACAAAUAUAAUACAUUUGCAUUCAAACCUAUUAUGCCUGUAUGGCCUUAUGUGAUUCCAUUAUGGUACAAUGUUGCCUUGAGGCAACACAGUUUUUUGUUAUUUUCUCUAAAACAUUUGAUGAUAUACAAUGUAAAGUUCUUAAAAAUACUUCUUUACUUGCUAGUGAAGGUGACUCAUAUUUUUUGUGGGUGAUUAAAUGGAUACAAAAAAGUGAAAAAAGCACUAUUCAUUGGAGAAAAUAUGGAGUCAUGUGACGUGUGCUGAAACAGGACACAAAAUGGACCCCUGUUGGUCAUGUUUUGGUCUUUUUUGCACUUUUAUUGAUUAGUAUUUGAGUUAUUCUGUCCUGAGAUACGUUUGAUCAAUCAAUUGGUGCCUUAUUUUAUUAAAAACAAACUAAAAUAGACCAUGUUGCCUGGAGGCAACACCGUACCAUAGAGGGUUAAAUACUAAAAUAACUAGCUUCUGACAGAUGGCUGUAAGCAUCAAUUUAUGGCGAAAGAGUGAACUCUGACCUGACGCAUGACCUAUUGAUGAACGCGGAAGCGCAGAGGAUAGAGCAAAACAAAACACUGGUCAUGAAUUAGAAGUCUAAAAUGGUAAUUUUUAAAGAGAAAUGUCAGAGGAUUUUGAUAUAAGAGAAGAGGAGCUUGAGUUUGUUGCCCAGCCCUGUUUGUUUGAACAGAGAGAGAGGCGUCAAAGCUUACGCAACUCCUACAUCGCGUAAAGCGAUGAUCCCAUUCAAGCGCUGGCGACUUCCGGCGACACGAGCGACAGUGACCGUUGACAACAGAAUGUAGGCAUGUCAAGCGACGGGAGAUGUGCGACAACCAAUUGAGUACCUCAGAGAUGACGUGUUUUUGUGGGCACAACCCGGAAGCAAGUUAGCAUUUUAGGACUUCCGGUUCCAUCGCCCUAAAGUCUAUGGGUUUUCUGAAUGGGUUUUUACUAAAUCACCUGAAAUAAGGUCUGUGGUUAACAAAGCCUCUAAAUAUUUUCACGUUUUGAUCUAUGACAUAAAACACACCAGUUAUAACCCGCUUGUGAUUUUUUAAACCUUUAUUGUGUCUUAAAAACGGUGGUUGCUAACAAGUUGCUAAAAGGGACUACUUCCUUUGGCGGGGACUUUAGACGUCAUCAUGACAAACUGGACAUUUGGACAGAAUUUCUCAUGAAAAAGUGGAUAAGUAUUCAUACACAGUGCAGAUCAUAAUCAGGGAGCAUGUUUUUGAAAUAAAGUUGUUUUCUAAAUAAAGUUUGAGGAAGCUUGGUGGUGGUGAUGUUGAUCCGCGACAAUGGUGUGCUGUAGUCCGUUUAUAGCCUACUGUUAGCUUUUUAUAUCUGACGACUUUAUUUAGGCUUCAAAAUGUAUAAAUGUUGUGUUAACUUGUAAAGAUUACCUUGAUAGACAAAACGUGUAAGUGUCAUAACCCUUUGUUAAACACAGAGCUUAUUUUUUGCGAUUUUCCAAAAGUCUAUGGGAAAAAUGCAUAGGCUUUCGAUCGAGGGAACCCGUGCGCCGCUAACUUCCAGGUUGGCCUACAAAAACACGUCAUCUCUGAGGUACUCUAUAGGAGUGAAGGAUCUCUGGAGCUCACGUCACCGUCUCAAGUGCAGGCAAGACAGACAGGACGUAGUUCCGGAGCGAAUUCACUGUUUUAUAUGAUUUGACUGUAUACAUGGAUAUAAUAAAAUGAUGCACGUAAAAGAAACUGUCGGCAGUCUUGUGAGUUCGAUUCAUACAUUAAUAGUUUGUGAUGUUAAUUAUAUGAUGCAGUGAGCAGUUUAGCACUGCUGCAGUUCAUAUUACAGUUUCCUCUGCAUUGUGUUGAUUAUUAGGGACAAGAAAAUUGAUUAUUUGUCAAAAUCGAAUGACGUUUUAGUAUUUUUUGACAGUAUGACUGAGUUUAAUUUGUUGAUAGAUCAAUCGUUAAUUUAGUUAAUGAUUUAAUGCACUGAGCAGCACUGCAGUCACAACACUCUACAACAGCAGAAUGUUACAUUUAAUUCUUUUAAGUCUAAUUCUUAGUCAAAUUAGAAUGAUUUCUUAGUUUUAUAUAUCAUUUGUGACUGCAUUUUUUAUAGAUAUGAUCAGAUGUGCAGUCUACCAAUGAUAUUAGAGCGACAGCACUAGGAACGCCCACAAGCGACUUCACAGUACAGAGACUAGCAACAUGCAGCAAAAAGUCGCUGGCGGUGUGAACGGGGCGUAAGUCUUUUUGCGACGUGCAUACAGAUGUCUGCCGGAAGCUAGUUAUUUUAGUUUUCAAAAUUUAAAAUAUGGAUAUUUUUCUUACACAAAUGCAUCACUUAGAUUCAGAAGGCCUUUAUUUAGCCCCUGGAGCUGUGUGGAUAUCUUUUAUGAUGGAUGGUUGCACUUUUUUGGGCUUCGAAAUCUCAUCCUCUGUUCACUGCCAUUAUAAAGCUGGGAAGAGCCAGGACAUUAUUUAAUAUAAUUUUAUAAAACAGUUAGUUCCUGUCCUUGAUUCUGAUUGGUCAAUAGCCAUGUUUUAUCGCUUCACCCAAUGGUUCUGUGUAUCACUACACAACACCCUUAGCAAACCCUCUUAGCAACAUAAACUGUUUGUUCUCAGUUGAUAUUGUUCAUUGAAGCUUACUGUAUUAUGUAGAAGAGUAUUGUGAGAAAGAGAUCGAGUGAGCGAGUUUAUUACUUGCAUUCAGAUUUAGCAUUUUCCUUCAGGUCAGUCCUAUGUUCAUAAUAAAAAAUCUGUUUCAAUGUC